AUGUUCCUGAGCAGUCUGGUUCCUGGAGCUGAGGUGGUUAAAGGAUUCAACACCCUGUCUGCCUGGGCUCUGCAGAAUGGACCACUGGCCGGGAAACAGAGAAAAGCCAAUAAGACCACUCCAUUUGACUUUGACAACACAGAGGCCUGGGGCACAGAUUCCUUCUAUGUCCUGGGGAUCCUGGGCUUCUGUCUCUACGUCCUGCUGGGGAUCACCUCCUUGCCCUCUGUAGGAGCAGCUCUCAGCUGGAGGGAGUUCAGCUUCGUACAGUCCAAGCUGGGCCAUCUGACACUGCUGUUGUGUAGAGCCCAUGGCUUCCUGUAUGGCUGGAACAAGUUCCUGCGUUCCUCCACCUACAAGUGUUACACCCCACCAGGCUACAUGCUGUGUCUGGUGCUUUCCUCUGUGGUGCUGCUGCUCAAGCUGCUGCUCAUCACCCCCUGUGUGGACCACACCGUCACCCGGAUACGCCAGGGCUGGGAGAGGGGCGGGGCAGGGGGUAGGAGACGAAAAAUCAGCCACCUCUGA